UCUCUGGAAAUAGUGAUAUGUAGUCAACUACUGAAAUACUACCUUUUUCAUUAUAUCCAAUCACAUGAUCAUCAUCAUUAACUACUUUUGAUCAUCUAAGCAAAUUUUCAAUCCAAAAUAAUAAUAAAAAAAAAAACACUAAGAAAAUGGAAGGUCUAAUAAAGGGUCUAGUUAAUGCUGCAUUGGGUGGUGAUGAUGAUGAUAAGAGAAAUGAAGAUAAAGUGGAACAACAGUCUAGAUCGUCUUGGGCCAAUGUUGUGUCUGGUGACAAGGAUGAUGAAGAGAAUAGUAAUAGUAGAGUUCGACAUACAAGAAAUGAGGAAGGGAAUAGUGAGAGGAAUGAGGAAGGGGGAUCUGGUGGAUCACAAUCUUCAAGGAGACCUCAAAAGGCUGUGAAUGAAGGGUAUGAAAGUAAUAGGCCAGGUGAUUAUAAUCAAAGUAAUGAUGGCUGGGAGACGGUUGGGAAGAAGCAUCCAAAAAAACAGGUUCGUAAAGAUAACUGGGACAAUUUCAAACGUCCUGCAGAGGAGCAAGAGUAUUCUAAUGAAGUCGAACAUAAUUCUCAAAUGGUACCCACUCAAAAUGAACUAAAUGACCUUGGUCAAGCUUGCAAUAAGCUUUGGGAGCUUGACUAUAACCGUUUAGUGCCAGGAAAAGACUAUGAGAUCGAUUGUGGUGAAGGAAAGAAAACUUAUCAAAAACAAGAUAUGGCAGAAGGAAGCCUCUUUACUUGGUUAAGUGAAGAUGUUUUUAGGAAGCCUACAAUUUCUCGGUUUUGUUCUCUUUUGGAUAAUUAUAAUCCACACGAAGGGUAUAAAGAGCAAGUUACACCUCAAGAGAAACAAGAACAGGUUGCGUUUAUUGAGGAGAUAUGUAGAACUGCACCAAUUCAAUAUCUCUAUGAGUAUCUGUGUUCAAAGGGUAUUGUGUCUGAAGGUCAUCAAGAAUUCAAAAGGUUGUUGACCAGUCUUUGGUUUGAUCUAUAUGGUCGAGGCGGUACAUCUAGCUGUUCUUCGGCCUUUGAACAUGUUUUUGUUGGAGAAAUCAAGAGUCGCGGAGAACAGUCAGUUUCUGGCUUCCAUAAUUGGCUUCAGUUCUAUAUGGAAGAAGCAAAGGGGAGGGUUGACUAUCAAGGUUAUAUCUUUCCACGAAGGCGUGGGGAGACGCCUGACUCGGAGACACAGUUGUUAACAAUCCAGUUUGAAUGGAAUGGUGUGCUGAAAUCAGUCUCGAGCACGAUGAUCGGGGUAAGCCCAGAAUUUGAGAUAGCUCUGUAUACAUUGUGUUUCUAUAUGGGCGGUGAGGAUAACCAUGUUGAGCUUGGUCCAUACUAUGUUAACAUUAAGUGUUACCGUCUCGGCAACAAACUUGGAUCUGCCUUUCCCAUUGCAGAUGAAUGAACAAUAUGAUUUGACUAUAAAGAUUGCUGUACCAUAAACUCUAUAUGUUCUUAUUUGCUUUUGUUGUGAAGCCCUUUUUAAAGUGUAUUCGAUUAUACAAACUCUGUCAACAUUUUCAAGAGGAUGUAAACGUUUCAGUAUGAAAUGUUUUAUUGGUGAUAA